GCCGCCGAUUAUUUCCAUAUCAACAUGAGCGUUCGUCUGGGGUCCAAGGCCGACGUCGUCAAGACACUGCGCACACUGCUUCGGUUGAACCGUACUACCACCACGAACAAGAAGGCAUGGUCGGACGUCAUCCUUGAAAAGUUCCGUGAGCGUCAACACGAGACAGAUCGCACCAAGAUCAAGGCAUAUCGUGCGGAAGCGACAGACUUUCUUCAUCUGUGGACAGGUGUCGAGGAGCAAAAGCGCCUUUGGAACAUGGAUGCGGGCAUUGAAAAGCGCAUGAAGAAUGCCGACAUUGUGAAAAAGUCGGCGCGGCUCGUGGGGUUGCAAGUGCCCGACAUGUACACGGACAAGGAAGAGAACAAGCUUUAACUGUACCUACUGCUAACACGACCACCUUUUUGUGCUGUGCUGUACCCA